GCAAGCUUAAACUCAAAUACCUAGGUUUUAAAAUGACUCGGAUUGCCUUUGGAAGGAACAAUUUCGUGCGAACCCGAAAUUGAGUUGCGACUCCUUCUUCCCUGUUCAAGGUCGAGUUCCAUGCUCUGUUUUCGAUCUCCAGCAGCUUGUGUGUGCGAUCUGGUCUGCUGCUGAGCCAGCAGUGUGCGACUUUUGUUGUGCUUCUGUUCUCACAUCUUCUGUGCUCUGAUCUAUUCUGAGUUGAACGGAAAUGGCUUCAAAAGCACGUGAUCUGAGGUGACUGCCUGAACAAGCUCAGAGUAGAAGUUUAUGCUGGAGUAUGAUAAUUGUUACAUGCUGUGCUUCCCCAUUUUUAUGACAUGUCAAAUGUCUCAAGAUUCAAGAAGUUUGAUUGCAUCUGAUAAAUAUGAAAGAGUAGGACCUGAUUAUUUUGGCUAUUAUUCUUCUGAAGUAUUAAAUCUCUUGUCGCAAGAUGAGGGUGAUUUUACUGUUUCUACCCAAACAUCUGAGGAGCUACCUCAAAAUAAAUAUGGAGAGGGAAUAAAUAAGAAUUUGGUUAAUCACAGUGAUAAUUGUUCUGGUCCACUGUAUAGUAAUGGUGUUGGAGAUGGACUUUCGGACUUCAGAAAGGACAGAUUAAGAUCACUGCUCAGACAGAGUGUCAUUGCCCUUUCAUCAGAAGUCGAUGAGGUGGUAGACCCGGUUUUUGCUACAUCUCAUUUGCAAUCCAAGCUAAGAAGUAAAACACAUUCCUUGAAUCCUACGGAGAUUGCAUCUGAUGAUGAAGUGCAAAUCCCUUGUAAACUGCUGAAGCUGUCCUCAUCUUCACCUUCAGCCAGCUUUCUUGCGCAAACUAGAAAUGUCAAUCCCCAAUGCAGUACGAAGGCAAGCGAUGAUCUACAAUUUCUACUAGAGAAUGAUAGUGUGGAAGUUGAGGAGAUGGUGAAGAAAUAUUCCAAUGACCUAUCUAAAACACUAGGGUAUAUGGAACAGCGAUUAGAGUUGCUUCUUGAUGCUAUAAUGUUGAAGUGCAGGUCCAUGACUCUUGCAGAGAAACAACAGCUACAAAGAUUAAUUCAGAAGCUACCAGCUGGAAAUCUUGACCGUGUAGCAGAAAUAAUUUGUCGAAAUAGGCAAGUAGAAGAACGAAGUUGCGACGAAAUAUUUGUUGAUUUGGAAAAAGAGGAUAAUGCUACCCUGUGGAGACUGUAUUACUAUGUUGAAGCUGUUGAGAAGGCCAAAAGUCUUUCUUCUUGUGAAGAGGCCUAGUUUUUGUAAUACUUUUCCUGAGCCGUAAUUCUAGUUCAUUAGAACUCAGAUUUACUGUAGUCCCAAGCCAGAUUGGGCAGAUUUUCAGCAUGCAUGCCUCUAUGUUGCGACAGCAAGGAUAUCACAGUACAAACGAUGUAUAGUACUAAAAUUCAGAUUGUUUUUUGUUCUCAUUUUACAUGUAUAUUUUGAGAAAUUAGUCCCCAAAUAUGUGUAAAUCAAAAUUUGCAUCAUGUAUAGAUAGCAAAACGUGAUAUCUUCGUAGAGAAGAAUGACAGUUCUUUAGAUUUUCAAACUUCUUACUGGUUUAUUUUUUCUUUUCGUUUUGAUUUGGUGUCUACAAUGCUUAGUUAACAUUUUUAUCAUUGACUGGUUGACGUCUUUCUGACAUUAACGCACAAGACUAGAAAUUUGAUGCUAAGUCCGUUGAUU